GCGAGAGGAAGAGGCUGGGUUGGAUGUUGGGCGGGGUCUAGCAGAUAGACGGACCCGAGAAAAGCUCCGAUCCGCUGCCGCCGCCUCGGACAAACGGACCGCGGACUCCCGGACAGACAGACGGACGGACGCAGCGGAGGGGCGCUCAGACCGACGGACAGCCUGGAGGAUGGACCGGCGGAGCGGCCGUCGGUAGCGCUCUGACCGCGGGGACGGAGCUCCAGGAUGAGCGUAGCGCUGCAGGACCUCCGGAACACCAUGUCCAGCUACAAGCGAGCUACGUUGGAGGAGGAGGAGGUGUCGGAUGCUCCGGCUGAGGCGGCCUCGUCUCCCGACAGAGUGGAGGUGGGCUUCAGGAAGGGUGGCGUGGACCUUCUGGGCCGGAGAACCCAGCUGGAGGUUCUGCUGUCGGUUCUGCUGCUGGCCGCCCUGCUGGCUCUGCUGGCCUGCCUGGUGGUACUGGGCCUCGGCUUCAGUUCUGACAGUGGGCGUGGCCUGUGCCUGUCGGAGGCUUGCGUGACGGUGGCCAGUCAGAUGGUGGAGACGAUGGACCGCAGCGCCGACCCGUGUCACGACUUCUACCAGUUCGCCUGCGGAGGCUGGAUGAGGAAGAACCCGCUGCCAGAUGGACGGUCCAGAUGGUCGACCUUCAACAGCAUCUGGGAGCAGAACCAAGCGCUGCUCAAACACCUGCUGGAAAAUGGGACAUUUAAUGGCAGUAGUGAGGCUGAGAGGAAGACUCAGUCUUAUUAUCUUUCCUGCCUCAACACUCAGAGAAUCGAGGAGCUCGGAGCUCAGCCUCUCAUCGACCUCAUCGCCAAGAUCGGCGGCUGGAACAUGACGGGUCCGUGGGACAAAGACAACUUCAUGGAGGUUCUCAAGGUGGUUUCAGGUCCGUACAGAGCUCAGCCAUUCUUCAGCGUCGGAGUCAGCACCGAUCCCAAAAACUCCAACAGCAACGUGAUCCAGGUGGACCAAUCAGGGCUCUUCCUGCCAUCCAGAGAUUAUUACCUCAACAAGACAGCCAAUGAGAAGGUGCUGGUGGCCUACCUGGACUACAUGGUGGAGCUGGGCAUGCUGCUGGGUGGAGAGAGGAGCUCCACUCAGCUUCAGAUGCAGCAGAUUCUGGAGUUUGAGACGGCGCUCGCCAACAUCACCGUCCCUCAGGACCAACGGAGGGACGAGGAGAAGAUCUACCACAAGGUGACCAUCGCCGAGCUCCAGAUGUUGGCUCCAGCUGUGGACUGGCUCGACUACCUGCUGUCUUCUCUGUCUCCUCUGGAGCUGAACGACACCGAACCGGUCGUCCUGUACGCCAGAGAGUAUCUGCAGCAGGUGUCGGAGCUCAUCAACAGGACGGACCGCAGUCUGCUGAACAACUACAUGAUGUGGACGCUGGUUCAGAAAAGCGUCGCCAGUCUGGAUCAACGCUUCGAGAACGCUCAGGACAAACUGCUGGAGAGCCUCUACGGAACCAAGAAGUCGUGCACCCCUCGCUGGCAGACCUGCAUUGGAAACACCGAUGACACUCUGGGCUUUGCUCUGGGCGCUCUGUUCGUCAAGGCGACGUUCGACAAACACAGCAAAGAGAUUGCCGAGGAGAUGAUCAACGAGAUCCGCUCUGCAUUUAAGGAAGCUCUGGACCGACUCAGCUGGAUGGACGACCAGACAAGGCAGGCGGCUAAAGAUAAGGCCGACGCCAUCUACGACAUGAUCGGUUUCCCAGAAUUCAUCCUGGACCCCAAAGAGCUGGACGAUGUUUAUGACGGGUACGAAGUGUCGGACGACAGCUUCUUCCAGAACAUGUUGAACUUCUACAACUUCUCAGCUCGAGUGAUGGCCGACCAGCUGAGGAAGACGUCCAACAAAGACCAGUGGAGCAUGACUCCUCCAACCGUUAACGCCUACUACAUGCCCACCAAGAACGGCAUCGUCUUCCCUGCUGGGAUCCUGCAGGCUCCUUUCUACGCCCACGACCACCCAAAAGCGUUAAACUUCGGUGGCAUCGGGGUGGUGAUGGGUCAUGAGCUCACGCAUGCCUUCGAUGAUCAGGGUCGUGAGUACGAUAAGGAGGGGAACUUGAGGCAGUGGUGGCAGAACUCGUCGGUGGAGGCGUUCCGUCAGAGAACCGAGUGCAUGGUGGACCAGUACAGCCGCUACACCGUCAACGGAGAACACGUCAACGGCAAACAGACGCUGGGAGAAAACAUCGCUGACAACGGAGGGCUGAAGGCGGCGUACCACGCUUAUCGGUCGUGGAUCCAGAGAAACGGAGAAGAAAAGAGGCUUCCCGCCGUCAACCUGACCAACGACCAGCUCUUCUUCGUGGGAUUCGCACAGGUGUGGUGCUCUGUCCGAACACCAGAGAGCGCUCACGAGGGCCUGGUGACCGACUCCCACAGCCCGCCUCGGUACCGGGUCAUCGGCACGCUCGGCAACUCGCCGGACUUCAGCCGCCACUUCAACUGUCCUGCCGGGACGCCCAUGAACACCGGGAAGC